AAUUCAAAAUGAAAUUUCCAACGGAAAACCCGAGGAAGCCGGGCAACUGGAACCCUCCACCUGUGCCAGUGCAGACCAACCUGGUGCCACCAAAGAAGGUCCAGCCAGGGAUGCUGCAGUCCAGCUUGGUGCAGGCCAGCGUGGCCACCAUGCAGAACCCCAUGGGCUGCUCAUUACCUCGGCUUUCUGUCUCCCGACCAGCUAGUAUGGUGGCCAGCAUGGAAGCGGUGGCGGACGGUUCAGCCCUUCUCACAGUCAUGAAGUGGAAGACCGUGCUUGCCGUGUUUGUGGUGGUGGUAGCCUACCUGGUUGCCGGCGGUCUGGUCUUCAGAGCUCUGGAGCAACACUUUGAGCGCUACCAAAAAGACUCUAUCACUUUGAAGAAAGCUGCCUUCCUCCUGAAGCAUCCCUGCGUGACCCCCGAUGAGCUGGAAGAGCUCAUCAAGCAUUCUGUAGAUGCAGUGAACGCUGGAGUCAGUCCUAUUGGAGACACCUCCUAUAACUCCAGUCACUGGGACUUAGGGAGUUCCUUUUUCUUCGCUGGAACUGUGAUAACAACAAUAGGUUAUGGUAACAUUGCUCCAAGCACAGAGGGUGGGAAAAUUUUCUGCAUCCUUUAUGCAAUAUUUGGCAUCCCACUCUUUGGCUUUCUGCUGGCUGGUGUCGGUGAUCAACUAGGGACUAUUUUUGGGAAGAGCAUCGCAAAAGUGGAAAAAAUGUUCAGGCGCAAACACAAUCAAAUAAGCCAAACCAAGAUCCGAGUGGCCUCUACACUGCUCUUCAUCCUGGCCGGCUGCAUCCUCUUCGUCACCAUACCAGCCAUUAUCUUCAAGCACAUUGAAGGAUGGACUGGGCUAGAGGCCAUUUAUUUCGUGGUCAUCACCCUCACGACUGUUGGAAUCGGAGAUUAUGUCGCAGGAGGCAAUAGACGAAUAGAGUAUCGCAAGUGGUACAGGCCGCUGGUGUGGUUCUGGAUCCUGGUUGGACUGGCUUACUUUGCAGCAGUUUUAAGCAUGAUUGGAGACUGGCUGAGGGUGCUCUCUAAAAAGACAAAAAUGGAGGUGGGUGAAAUUAAGGCUCACGCUGCUGAGUGGAAGGCCAAUGUUCGAGCGGAGCUGCGUGAGACCAGGCGACGACUCAGUGUAGAAGUUCACGAUAAACUUCAGAGGGCUGCCACCAUCCGCAGCAUGGAGCGCAGGCAGCUGGGAUUUGACCAGCGUGCCCAUUCCCUCGACAUGUUGUCCCCUGAACGACGAGCUGCCUUCAACAGCCUGGAUGCCACCAACUUCAAGACAUCCUCCCAGGAGAGUAUCGACACAAAGCUCAACAACCUGCGUCUGAGAGUAGAACAGAACGAGCAUCGCAGGAGCGACCCUAGCCAGGCGUACUCUGAAGACAACAUUUUUAACCGGCUUGGUUCAGUCACCAAACUCGCCAAGCGGAACAAGAACAGGGAUUUGAAGAAAAACAUCCUGGAUGAUGGUCGGAAAGCCUUAGAUUCCUUCAGCUGUGACACUCCCCCUAUGGACGAAGAGAAGAAGGAGGCCGAGGAUGAGGAGCUUGAGAAAGAGGUCAACAUUAGUCUCACCAACUUGCCUCUCUUUGUGGAGAGUCCCAACAAACAAAAUGGAUUCGUGCCUCUUCCGCCACAGACCAAAGAGGAAGAAACAGAGACAAAACUUGAGGAUAAAGAGUUCCGUUUGCAGGUGGAUCCAUAGAAGGAACUGUGUAGUGAUAUAACAUACCGGAUAGUGCCUUGUUUAGCCCAUACCCUGAUCUGAGAUGUGAGAAUCUCAAUUUCUGCUGUUCAUUUAACUGUUCACUGUGCCCUGAUAACUUGAUAAUGGAAAUAUGGCGAUGGUAGCUCUAGAAGACAUCUGGUUCUCUUCUUCAGACCAAUGAAUAAUGCUUGGAUAAGUCAGAAAGAGUCUCUCCAAAAGUUUUGGACAAGGAAUGGACUAGAAAUCUGUAGCAAGCUACACUGGUGAUUGCAACUGAAAGCGUUGCACUUUCAAUUAUAACUCUGGCAGGUUGUACUUGUCGAAGUUACUUGUCGAGAAGCAAAAUUGCUUCAAAAACAAUGUUCGUCUAGAUUACCCACCCAUUCUAAAUGGACAAACUUAUCUAGAGACUUGAGUACUCUAAGAUGAUGGAACUCUUUAAAAAUGAAGUUAAUGAUAUUAAAAUUGCUGACAUGUUGCAUAUGCACAGAGCUCUGCUGUCCUGUUAAAGUGCAUCAAUAUGUGAUCCAGAUGUAUGAAUUUAUCCAAUGGAAUCUCAGGGCUUGUAGUCCUACUCUAGUUGUUUAAUUGUACGGUAUGUCUGACAUACAGUUUGCUGCGCUCUCAUGACAUAUCUAAAGCUGUUGCUACACAGUACUGUUUUUAUAGUUUGGACAUUUAGGGUAAUGGCAUGGAAGAGAAGCCAUAAGGUAAAAUACAGAAUGUCUAGUAGACUUUAACAAACUACUUGUUUAUCCAUUCAAGGCAUUUCUUUUAAAGGGAUACCAACAAAAUUUGGAUCAAACAUAGAGAGAUUUGAUGGUAAAUAUAUUUCUUGCUAAUUAAAUUAUACUCUAGUGAGAAUAAAUCAGCAAUCUGAUGAUUUAUCUGUGAUUUAGAUUUAGAGCUGUUUUGGAUCAUGACUUGAACAUGCUAAUGUGAGUACAGAAUAACUUGGUGUACAAUAUGAGGUCCUAAUGAGCAAUCGGUAAAAUGAUUUACAUGUGGGUGCUAUACACCUUAAACUAGAAAAGUGGAAGUUAAAUACAAGAACAACAAGAUGUUAUGUCUAGUGGCGGAUUUAAGCUGUGGUCACACUACAGUUUGAGCUAGCCAAAAUCUGUUGUACGGUGCUGCGAAAAGCGGUUGGAUUAAACAAGAUGAUUAGACAUUUAAAAAAGCGAGCGAUUGGUCCAUAUUUUUUAAUUUCUCUACAAGGAGGUCAUGCCUUGAUCCUCGAUUGGUUUCUUGCAGCCAAGUGAUGCAAUUUUGCAGGUCAGAGUUCACCAAGCUUGAACUUUGCACCGCAGUGAACUGCAAAACUUAAUGCACGAACUUAUGAUGCGUAUAAAUGGAAGUCAAUGGGGAGAAAAGUGCAGUGUGACCGCAACUUUAGACAUAGGCAAUAUGGGUGGUCGCCCUUGGGUGGCAUCUUGUUAAGGAGGAUAUGACAUCCCUCCUCACUUUUGUUCUCGACUUUCAUGAAGGAGCAGGGCAGCAUAAAAUCUGUGGGGGCGGCAUGAUUGCCUAGAGUGCCAGUUCAGCUUGCUCCAGCCCUGGUUAUGUCUUAUUAUGCUUACUCUUGUUUUAGAUAUGUCAGAAUAUAUGAAAAAAAAAGGAUUGACUUAUUGACCGUGACACCAAACAUACAGAGCUGAAUUCAGUAUCUGCUUUAUUUAUUUACAAUAUUGCUCCCAACCGUCCAGCGAUGCAGUGGCGCAGUGGGUAGUGCUGUCACCUCACAGCAAGAAGGUCGCUGGUUUGAGCCUCGACUGGGUCAGUUGGUGUUUCUGUGUGGAGGUUUCCUUUGGGUGCUUCGGUUUCCCCCACAGUCCAAAGACAUGCGGUAGAGGUGAAUUGGGAAUUGUCCGUAGUGUAUGAGUGUGAAAAAAUGUGUGUGGAUUUUUCCCAGAGAAUGGUUGGGGCUGGAAGGGCAUCCACUGCAUAAAAACGUGCUGAAUAAGUUGGAGGUUCAUUCCGCUGUGGUGACCCCAGAUUAAUAAAGUGACUAAGCCGAAAAGAAAAUUAAUUAAUGAAUUGCUCCCUACCAGCCUGUUGCUGGGUCCUAGUGCUUGACCCCUGAG